AAUUAAUGUAAACGCAUUAGGAACUCAAACACUUUAACCCUAUUCGUUCCUCCCGGCUCAUCGAGGAGCGCUAGGUUGUCAGAAUGGUGUUAGCAUGGUGUUAGCAUGGUCUAAGUCUUCCCCCGGGAUGUAAACAAGACUAAGCUCAAGUUAUCCUCAGCAGUAUUUUUUCCCUCUAUUUUAAUAGUAAGCAGACGUCUUUGUUUUGGUCCAAAAGUCUGCAUUUCGCAUCCCAUGGAAAUAUGUAAAUUAAUAAGUGGAAAGAGUCUAAUCAGUUACGGUUUAAUAGGACAUGAGUUGGACACAAGUUGGUUUAAUGAAGGGGAGAGUUCUCCAUCCAAACCCUGUACUUCACUUUGUUUGAAUCCACACUUUGGUGAUUUUCUAUAAUUCUGGUCCACAGCAUGUAUCAGACUAUUAGAGCAAUACACGGCCCAGUGUUUGGACUGACCCAGGAAUGUGUCAGUCUGGAAGAUGAUCUUAUUUGAUGCUUUUACACGGAAAAGUCUUCAAUUUGAAUUGCUUUUAUUGUUUGUGUGUUAUUUAUUGACCGUUUAUAAGAUAGUUUAUAUUAGUACUGACAUGUCCACCAUUGCCGGUAAAAAGCAGAAAAGAAUCCACCCCAGGAAUGAUGUAUUCCCAUCACUGUGUGGAAGAAUAGCAAAUAAACAAUCCUAUCAUCCAAACGGGAACAUUCAGUAUGAACAGCACGUCUGGGUGAACCCGCUCAAUGAAUGAAAGAACCUCCCAACAAUCAGACACGGCAAUAUGUUCCACAGAUGAUACUAUUUCCCAUUGAAGUAAAGUCCCGUUUAAAAACAAAAUGUUUUCGGGAUUACCAGUUUAAUCAGCCGAGACAACCUUCUAACCCCUUUUCGUUUCUGCUUGUCUCUCCCCCUUCGAAAUGUAAUCAAGCAAACGAUCAGCCGAGCAGCCCUGGCAUUGUGACAAGAAAGAGAAUGCGUACAAAAAAAGAAAGAAAAAAGGAGGCAAGCUUUGGUUUGUCUAGACACAGCUUCAAAGUUCCUAGCCCGAGGGCUGUCUAGUGUUGUGUACUUAUUGCAUCAUCUCGACGGCGGGCUCAUCCGUCAGAAAACAGGUGAAACGCGGCGCUCUGAACGACGCGGGGAAGAAGACUAAUAACGCGCCUUCGUUAGAGAGCCGGGGAGACUUAUUCCAAUCCGUAUACAUGUCAAUGACGUCUUCAGUGUUCUGUCAUGUCGAGACGCAUCAGUCGCCGGCAGUGUGUCAUCGAUGCCCUCUGAUGUUCCCGCAGUCCGCCUGGCGCCCUACAAGCCCGCCGACAUCAUGCUGAAGCCGUUGCUGUUCGAGGUGCCCAGCAUCACCAUGGACUCUGUGUUCGUGGGCCGCGACUGGCUGUUCCAGCGGCUGGAGGACCUCCUGAAGGCCGGGGGCGCCUCGGAGGGCCGCGGCGCCGUGGUGGUCGGCAGCGUGGGCUACGGCAAGACGGCCAUCGUCUCGCGCCUGGUGGCGCUGAGCUGCCACGGGGGCCGCAUGAGACAGAUCGCCUCCAACAGCCCCUCGGCCUCCCCCAAGAGAGGAGGAGGAGGAGGAGGAGGAGGAGGAGGUGGAGGAGACGCCGGCCCCGGCACCGAGCUCCCCCUCAGCCAGCCGCCGCAGCCCACCCCCCCGCCCAGCGCGACCAACACCCUGAGGAACCCCGCCGGCGCCACCAGCUGCCCCGGGACCCCCGAGGUCCAGAGACACAAGGAGGAGGCCGUCAAACGCCUGGCCGCCAAGGUGGUGGCCUACCACUACUGCCAGGCGGACAACACCUACACCUGCCUGGUGCCGGAGUUCGUCCACAGCGUGGCCGCGCUGCUGUGCCGCGCCCACCAGCUGGCAGCGUACCGCGAGCUGCUGCUGAAGGAGCCCCAGCUUCAGAGCAUGCUCAGCCUGCGCUCCUGCGUCCAGGACCCUCAGGCCGCCUUCCGGAGGGGGGUGCUGGAGCCGCUGUCCGCACUCCGCAGAGAGAGGAGGAUCCCCGAGGAGGACCACAUCAUCCUGAUCGACGGACUGAACGAGGCCGAGUUCCACAAGCCCGACUACGGGGACACCAUCGCCUCCUUCAUCACCAAGAUCAUGACCAAGUUCCCCUCCUGGCUGAAGGUGGUGGUCACUGUCCGGGUCAGCCUGCAGGACAUCACCAGCCCCCUGCCCUUCCCCAAGAUCUCCCUGGACGACGUGCAGGACAACCCGGAGAUCAACGGCGACCUCAACGCCUACAUCCAGUACCGCGUGCACGGCAGCCGCGACAUCAUGAACAACAUCAGCCUGAACGGCAAGGCGGACCCGCUGGUGGUCAGCAAGCUGAGCAGCCACCUGGGCGCCCGCAGCCAGGGCUCCUACCUGUACCUGAAGCUCACCCUGGACCUGUUCCAGCGGGGCCACCUGGUCAUCAAGAGCUCGGGCUACAAGGUGGUGCCGGUGUCGCUGGCCGAGCUGUACCAGCUGCAGUGCAACAUGAAGUUCAUGACCAACUCGGCGUUCGAGCGCUCGCUGCCCGUGCUCAACGUGGCGCUGGCGUCGCUGCACCCCAUGACGGACGAGCAGCUGUUCCACGCGGUGAACGGCGGCAGCGUGCGCGGCGAGCUGCCCUGGGAAGACUUCCAGCAGCGCAUGGAGCUGCUGGCCUGCUUCCUGAUCAAGCGGCGGGACAAGACGCGCAUGUUCUGCCACCCGUCCUUCAGGGAGUGGCUGGUGUGGCGGGCGGACGGCGAAAGCACCGACUUCCUCUGUGACCCCAGGAGCGGCCACGCCCUCAUGGCCUUCAUGCUGUCCCGGCAGGAGGGCAAGCUGAACCGGCAGCAGACGAUGGAGCUGGGCCACCACAUCCUCAAAGCUCAUAUCUUCAAGGGUCAGAGUAAGAGGACGGGCGUGUCCUCCAGUGUCCUUCAGGCUCUCUGGAUCAGCUGCAGCGCAGACGGCCUGUCAGCCGCCCUGUCCUCUCUGAGGAACCUGUACACACCCAACGUCAAGGUGAGCCGGCUGCUGAUGCUGGGCGGGGCCAACGUGAACUACCGCACGGAGGUGUUGACCAACUCCCCGGUGCUGUGCGUCCAGUCCCACCUGGGCCACCUGGAGAUGGCAGCGCUGCUGCUGGAGUUCGGCGCCAGCGUGGACGUGGUCUCGGAGAACGGCAUGAGCCCGCUCUGCUUCUCGUCGGCCGCCGGCCAUCUGGGCCUGGUCAGCCUGCUCUGCAUGCGGGGCGCCAAGCUGGACCACGUGGAUAAGAGCGGGCAGUGUGCCCUGGUGCACGCGGCCCUGCGGGGCCACGCAGAGGUGUUGCAGUACCUCCUGGAGCUGGACUGGGGCCCCGGAGAGCAGCAGGGCCCCGGAGGGCAGAAGGGCAAGGCCCUGCAGCAGGCCCUGGUGGCAGCGGCCAGCAUGGGGCACACGCAGGUCGUGCGGGACUUGCUGGCGUUGACUAAUGAGCAUGCGGUGCAAAUGGACGAGCAUGAUACGCUGUGGGGAGAGACAGCCCUGACGGCGGCGGCGGGGCGGGGGAAGCUGGAGGUGUGCGUCUACCUGCUGGAGGAGGGCGCCGCCGUGCAGCAGGCCAACCGCCGCGGGGUGGCGCCGCUCUUCUGCGCCGUCAGACAGGGACACUGGCAGAUUGCAGAGCUGUUGCUGCAGCACGGUGCGGAUGUGAACAUCAGCGACAAGCAGGGCCGGACUCUGCUGAUGGUGGCUGCCUGCGAAGGACACCUCAGCACCGUGGACUUCCUGCUCACUAAAGGCGCGUCUCUGACCUCGGUGGACAAGGAGGGCCUGACGCCGCUGAGCUGGGCGUGUCUGAAGGGCCAUCAGAACGUGGUGCAGUUCCUGGUGGAGCAAGGGGCCCUCAUCGACCACACGGACAAGAACGGACGCACACCGCUGGACCUGGCCGCCUUCUACGGAGACGCAGACAUCGUGCAGUACCUGGUGGAGCGUGGGGCGGUGGUGGAGCACGUGGACUACUCGGGGAUGCGGCCACUGGACCGCGCCAUCGGCUGCAGGAACACGUCGGUGGUGGUGACUCUGCUGAAGAAGGGAGCCAAGCUGGGCUACAGAACAUCGCCUUAUGAUCGAUCAGGGAACGCCGCGUGGGCCAUGGCUACGUCUAAACCUGACAUCCUCAUCAUCCUCCUGCAGAAGCUGAUGGAGGAGGGAAAUCUGCUCUACAAGAAGGGGAAGAUGAAGGAGGCAGCCCAGAGGUACCAGUAUGCCCUCCGGAAGUUUCCCAGGGAGGGCUUCGGAGACGACCUGAAAGCCUUCAAAGAGCUCCGGGUCUCGCUGUACCUCAACCUCUCCCGCUGCCGCAGGAAAACCAACGACUUUGGCAUGGCUGAGGAGUUUGCUUCGAAGGCGCUGGAGCUGAAGCCCAAGUCCUACGAAGCCUACUACGCACGCGCCCGGGCCAAGAGAAGCAGCAGGCAGUUCACCGCCGCCAUGGCCGACCUGCACGAGGCGGCCAAGCUGUGCCCCAACAACCGGGAGAUCCGCCGCCUGCUGGCCCGCGUGGAGGAGGAGUGCAAGCAGAUGCAGCGCGCCCAGGUCAAGCCCUCCCAGCCCGGGGCCGCCGGCACUAGCCAGGGGGCCUCCGGGGGCCACGACUCGGACAUGGAGCCCGAGGAAGGGCAGGCGGAACACCCGGAGCAGCGGCUCUGCAGGAGCCUGGAGGGCCAGAGGAACAUCCUGGAGGAGGAGGAGGACGAGGAGGAGGACGAGGACGAGGAGUCCCUGCAGGCCGAGGGCCACUGGCCCCAGAACGUGUACUCCCUCAGCAGGGUCCCGCCCGCCGAGACGCUGAGCACCGGCCACCAGAACCACGGGGCCCGGCCCGGCUCGCCCCCGGGGCCCGGCCGGCUGCCCCCGCACCGGUACCCCCGGGAGCACCGGGAGGCCCUGGCCCAGCAGGGCCUGGUCCUCCAGUCCACCAAGCAGGCACAGAUCGUCAAGACCAACCAGCACAUGAGCGGGGGGGGGCGUCCCGCCGGAUCCAAGUCGCAGUACGGCCCCUCCAGCCCGCUGCCCAGCAGACGCAUGUCCAGCGCGCUGAAGGCGGGCCCCGGCAUCGACAUCAGCCCUCUGCCGACCCCCGCCGACGAGCCCGUGUACGGGGAGCGCUUUUCCCUGGCGACCACCGCCAUGGUCCACCACGGCGACAGCGACGGGCCGCACCUCUCCCAGACCUCCUCCUACUGCAGCAGCAGCAGCUCCUCUAAGGGCCCGGGCCAGGAGCCCGUGUCCAGCCACUCCGGCUCCUCCCUGGACGGGCUGGCCUGCUCGGGCCCCCUGCUGGAGCCGGGGAAGGAGGCGGGGUGCUCCGGCUCCCAGGGGGGCUGCGGCAGCAUCAGGGUGUCCAGCUCCACCUCCAGCCUGGCCUCCAGCAGCAGCCAGUCGGAGAGCGGCAAGCUGGGCCCCGACGUCCGCUCCAAGACCUCGGACAAGGCCAAGCACAGCCAGCCGGCCGGCGGCGGCGCCGGCGGAGACUGGAAGCCCCGGCCCUUCAUGGGCGUCAUGGAUAAGACGGCCCGCUUUCAGCAGCAGCUGCAGCUGCAGCAGCAGCAGCAGAUGCAGAUGCAGCAGAUGCAGCUGAGCCACCAGGGCCCGUUGUGCGGGGGCCGGACCUGGCAGAACCACUCCAUGGACGUCCCGAUGGGGCACAGCGCAGGGCGCGGCCUGGGCAUGCAGUCCAUGAGCUGCGACCUGCCCUUCGGCAAAAUGCUGAGCGCUUACCAGGAGCAGCAGCCGCCGCCGCCACCGCCGCCGCACAAGACCGCCCCCCCCCACGCUGCCCUGCCCAUGGGCAGCCUGCAGAACGGCGUCCACGGCAACGACUUCACUGAUAAGUUCUGCCAGGCGGCCGCCUUCUACAAACAGUCCAAGCCGGCGUUGGCCAUGCAGCACCCGUUCAUGGGCGCGGCGCCCGUUCCGCCCGGUCUGACCCGGGACAACCCGGCCCGGGACAACCCGGCGCUCCACGUCUCCGCCAUCAAACCAAAGCGAUCGUUUAUAGAGUCCAACGUCUAAUUUAUUUUUUGGGGUUCGUCGUCACAUCGCACACACUAGCAAAAAAAAGAAGGUUCGACGAUUUUCGUUUUUUUUUUUCUAACCAACCAACCCCCGGUCGUGUUACCUGUUUAAAAGGUUUUUCGUUUGAUUCAAAUGAGCGACCAACGCUUGCCCCCCCCCCCCCCCCCCCCCCUUGGUGAAGACAGACCACAGACUGUACCCCUGGCCCGCUGGCUGGCUGGCUGGCGGUUCUGCCAACACGUUCCACGGUUCAGCCAAGCUGAAGACACCUCAGUGGGCGUGUCCAGAACGCCGUACUCCUAGAGACUUAACGGCGACAGCUAGCACUUUAAGAAUGCAUCAAGGGCCUUUUUUUCAAAGUGCUUAAAACAAUAGAUCCUUUAUGCUAGCAUCGUGUUAUUAGUGUGCAGAGAUGUUACACAGCGGCUGUGUUUGAGUCCACGGUGCUGAGAGUCCACUUGGGAGACGUUGAAGGACGGGCAUUCCUAUGUUCUGGCAAGGAUGUUGUCGCUCCUGACUUCUGUGUAUAUUAUUAUAAAUACGUAUUUCCUUUUGAGGGAAGGUCUGUGUCAAGUGUAUUGACUCGUAUACAGUCGUGUAUUUUGAAUUUGUUUUUAUUUUCUGCACAGUUUUGUUGAAGAUGGUGUUCUGAAAAUGUAUUUGUUUAAUAUGUUUGUACAUUCUAUAAAUCGGCCAUUAACAUUGGAAGUAAAUCCUCCUUGUAUCUGCUUGUUGUUAGCCGUGUAGUUUAUUUAUUUACAGCGCCUUGGUUCAUUGUAAAAGCAAUAUAUUUUAUAUAGUUAUUUUUGCACAGCUACUAAGACAUUUUACGAUUCAGAAUAAUAUUCGGCUUAAGUGCAUGCAUCCGUUGCAGUUUAUAAUAAAGAGUUCAAAAUAAAUAUUUAAAAAAAUACAAAUAUUGUUUGGCGGCAUUGUGCCAUUAGCUCUAUUUUACUACAAUAUGUAUGUUACUCGCCAUUCGUUGCCAUGUUUUCAGUAUUGUGAGCUGUCUUAGCUGUGACCACAUGCUGUAAUAGGACUUCCUGCCAUCGCCAUCGUGGGAAAUAAAGGCAUCACUAAGAAAGA